CACUCAUCGGCUCACUGAUUCAGUCCGAUUUGUGGACGAAUCGUUCGGCAUGGAUUUGUGUAUUGAAAAGAUCCGACUCAAAAGAACGAUUCGUUCACAAAUCGGACAUCGCUAAGAACCAUUUAAAUGAAACACACGGCGCGCUAGGAGUUGCGACAACCCCUCCGACAAGUUAUCGUGUGGUUGACAUGAAGUAACACAGGAAGUAGUUGAUCUAAAAUGGGAGACGAUCGACCUUUUGUCUGCACUGCCCCAGGCUGUGGACAGAGGUUCACCAAUGAGGACCAUUUGGCAGUGCACAAACAUAAGCAUGAGAUGACGCUAAAGUUCGGACAAGCCAGAACAGAUACAGUUAUUAUAGCAGAUCAGACACCCACCCCCACCCGGUUUCUUAAGAAUUGUGAGGAGGUGGGUCUGUUUAGUGAGCUGGCUGGCUCCUUCGAGCAAGAUCUUCGCAAAACACACGAGGAGGAGGAGAGGAGAAUUAAGGGCACGCUUCAAGCUCUACAGACGCCUACAGAGGUUAAAGAGAGGGACGGUCCUCUUGAAAUUGACUCCUCCCCUCCCGACAGCCCUGACUCCACCUCCAGCAUGACAAACAGCAAAGAUGCAGUUGCCAUGGCAAAGGAGCCUAUUGCCUUGAGGAAAGCCAUGGAUGUUCCUCCACGAACUGCAGCGAGUUCCACCCCUACACCAACCAUAAUGCGCCCAGGCUCGCUCCCACUUCACCAGGGAUUCGACUCAAUGAUCCCAACUCAACCCUCUCCCACCUCUGUUAUCACCAGGACCCCUCCGUCAAACAGACUCAGCUCGCCGUCUGGUUCUUUUCCUAUGCUGAUGCAGCUUCCAAAUGGUCAGACUGUUCCUCUGCUUCCCAGUCCAGGGCAGACUUCAGUCAUAUCGCUUGCCAGAUCAUCAAACACAGUGCCCAAUAUCCCAGGGAUUCCAGGCCCUCCUAUUGGUGGAAGCAGCAGUGGCUCCUCCUCUCCGUCUGGAUACAGUACACACUCUGAUGCCAAGACGAGGCUAAAAGCAGCACUAUCUCAGCAGAGUCCUAGUGGACCAGCACCAAUACAAAAAACAGAUCACACUGAGACACCAUCACCUGCUCAACCACAGGUAUCCCCUGCUCCCCCAAAAGGUGGCCGUAGACGACGGGGUGCAGAUAUUGAACCGGAUGAGCGCAGGCGCCGUUUUCUUGAACGGAACAGAGCAGCCGCUUCCCGUUGCCGGCAAAAACGGAAAGUGUGGGUUAGUGCCCUGGAGAAGCGCGCCGAGGAGUUAGCCACUUCUAACGUCACGCUCACUGGUGAAGUGUCCCUGUUGAGGACUGAGGUGAUUCGGCUGAAGGAGCUGCUGUUGGCCCAUAAGGACUGCCCUGUAACUGCCAUGCAGAAAAAAGCAUAUCUCGCUGCAGGAGUAGAUGAGAGUUCAGUGUCGGCGUUGGUGAUGCCCGUGUCGGUCCCGGCUCCGGUGUCUGUUAACGGUCUGAGCGUGCGUGCGGCGGAGGCUGUCGCUGUUUUAGCGGGAAUGGGCUCGGGUCAGUGGAGUAGCACGUCUGGAGAUGCUUCCUCCCAAUCACAGCCCACAUCCAGAUGAUGAGCACGUCGUUCAGCCAAUAGGAACUAAAUAUACUUUGAGUCUUUCAAAGGAGCGAAUCCCCGUUUCCCCUCAAAACUCUGUCACGGUGUGUUUGUAAAUCCUCUCAUGUGACAAAUGGGAACCAAUGUUUCCGCGUUCUGACCACACCCCGUUCACAGACUCUCUCCGGGCGACAGUGGCGACAUCAUAGAACGCCCCUGUCAGACUGCACAGACUAGGAAGCACUGCAGUGGAAAUGAAUUAUCUUCGGUCAUCUCUAAAAAAUACACCUUUACUUAAACUUGUAUAGAUCUUCUCACUAAUGCAUUCAAUUGAUAUUUGUCUCGUUUGCAGAUAUUUCUAAUUAUUUUGCAUUUUAUUCAAUGGUUUUUCUAAUAUAAUGAUUCGUUGCAUGGUUCUGGCCACAUUAGAAAGAUGAUUUCUACACUAUGCAGAUACGUUUAACGCCUUCUUUCUCAGUCUCUCUUUGUGACGCUUCUCACACAUACUCACUCUCACCAUUUCUCCCAGUUUCCUUUUCUCUCUCUUCCUCUCUGUUCUAAUUUUAUUAUCGUAUGUACAGUAAUUUCUCUCAGGUCUGUGCUUCUGUGGCUGUUUUGGUGAAGAUCGUGUCUCACAUUAGUGUAACCUGGCGCCGCAGAAUGGACUCGCAAAAGCUUAAGAAUGGAGAGAAAAUAUAUUUUUAUAUUUGAAUAUCGUUAUCAGUUUGUCUGCAUUUUGCAAUAUAUAUAUAUAUAUAUAUAUAUAUAUGGAUGUGACGGGUAGCGUAACCAUGUGGACAUGUUUUAGAUCAGUAUGAUUAUGAUAUGCUCUGCUGAAUUAUAGGUAUCUUUAACCAAAAUACAUAAAUCCUUUUGCAUUAGAGGUUAGACCCUAAAGUUUAAGUGCAUCUGGUCUCUUAUCAGGGAGCAUGCACACAAAAACUCACUCGUAAUGACUCGUGCUUGCAUUUUGUGAAUGUACAGUAGUUAACUAACCCAGCUAUGAAUGUGAGGGCUUGUUACAAAAUGGUUGAAAUGCUUUUGAGCAAAAUUGAGUCUUAGAAGCUGUUAUAGAAAUUAAAUAUUUCUUUUUUUUGGGGCCUGAAA